AUGACGAGUCUCCUGGAGGAGAAAAAUGGAUCGAAUGGACAUUGUUUUAGAAAUACAGUCAUCUUUCUUCAUGCUUCAUCACAAUAUUCAGAAGUGGAACAGAUACUGAUUAAUGAAAGCCAAAAAGUUGGCGGUUCCUUUCAAGGUGAUCUGGUGCAGGCAGGAGAUGUGAAGGUAGACAAUUUUCCAGAUUUAGAAGAUUUGGACCUGGAUGAAGAGAAUGAGCCCCAAACGAGCAAGGACCUGCUGCGGCUGCUCCCUGGAGAAGGGGAGCCGGAUGUGAGCGCCAGUGCUCCUCCCGUGCUUCCUCCGUGGACCAGGCUCGCCUCUGGGGUGAAGCCGAAGCCCAGCAUGCAAAGAACACACAGCCAACGCGAGGAGCUACUUGGAGAUGAGGUUCAACUCUUCUCUCUUGAUGAAGAGUUUGAUUAUGACAACCUGACUCUCACCCCCAAGUUCACUGCUGAAGAGAUAGAGACCCUCAAAGAGCUAUCAAAGCAAGAGAGGAAGGACAGCGACGCAGAUUUAGGGAAACCCCAGGACUGA